GGUGAAACUCUUUGUCAUUGUGGAUCAGUUCAGUCAGGUUUCCAGUGAAUGCGCUGUCUGGUGACUAACCUGCGCUCCUCCAAGGCACAAAGUCCUACAGCUGCCACUCUGUAAGGAGACAGUUCAUUGGUUGAAAGCGCCAUCUAGUGCUCAUGGGACAUCAUUGAUGCGUCGCUCCUUACAGAAACUUUCCUGAGCAGUAAGAAGUCUUACUAGAGGAAAUCCGCGGUGAUGUGGUGAUAAGAGGGACGUUUUCACUUCCUCUUCUCAACCGAUUGGCUGGUUGUGUUUGACCAAGCGUGGAGGAGCUGAGGCUGUGCGCAAAGGAGGACCUGUGCGCUCCGCUGCUGACCAGUCAGGUGGCGUCUGCCCACACACUGAGCUCGGGCCUCAGUUUCGCUCCGGACUUCUUUGUGGACCUGCACGGCAUGCAGAGGACUAGAUAACACACUCCGCUGUACUUGGGUUUAGCUUCAAAACCGAUCCAAGCAGGAUUAAGACAUGAGUGGUGUCACAGUUUGGGCAGAGGAGGAGGACACAGCUCAGGAGGAGGCGCGAUCUUCACCCCCCUGGUCAGAGGAGCGCUGUGAGGAGCUUUGGGAUCGUGUGGAGGGGGUACGGCACAAGCUCACACGCAUCCUCAACCCGGCCAAACUCACCCCGUACCUGCGCCAGUGCAAGGUCAUCGAUGAACAGGAUGAGGAUGAGGUGCUCAACUCCACACAGUACCCACUGCGCAUCAGCAAAGCCGGUCGUUUGCUGGAUAUUUUGCGUGGUCAAGGCCAGCGAGGUCUUCAAGCUUUUAUGGAAUCACUGGAGUUUUACCACCCAGACCAGUACACACAGCUGACUGGACAACAGCCCACACAGCGAUGCUCCCUCAUACUGGAUGAGGAGGGUCCAGAAGGUUUGACCCAGUUUCUGCUUCUGGAGGUGCGCAAACUGAGGGAGCAGCUUCGAAACAGCCGUAUGUGUGAGCGACGGCUGUCUCAGCGCUGUCGGAUGGCAGAGGAAGAACGCAGUCGUGCGGAGCGUAAAGCUCAAGAGUUACGUCACGACAGACUGCAGCUAGAGAGGCUGCGUCAGGACUGGGAGUCAGCCAGUCGAGAGCUGGGCAAGCUGAAGGACAGACAUCUGGAGCAGGCUGUGAAGUACUCCAGGGCCCUGGAGGAACAAGGCAAGGCCUCCACCCGUGAGAGAGAACUACUGAGGCAGAUAGAGGAGCUAAGGUCCAGACUGACAGGGACAGAGAAACUCGGUACUCCAGGGAAUGCUACACCAGCAAAAAGAAACAGUUUGCUCUCUAAUGGAGUAAAUGGUCGCCCACCUGCUUUACCAGAAAAGCCGGUGCAUCGUAUAGAGGUUCAGAAAGCUGAGAGUAAAGGAACUCAGAUGCGGGACUCAGUUCCUGCCACUGGAGUCAUAGCUCUGAUGGAUAUCCUGCAGCAGGACCGCAGGGAGUCUGCAGAACAGAGGCAGGAGCUCUGUGAUAUCAUUAGCAGAUUAGAAGGGGAGCUACAGAGCACUGAGGAGCACAGGGACAAGCUGGAGUUGCAGUGUGAGCAGCUACAGCUGAAGGUGAGAACUCUCCAGCUGGACUGGGAGACUGAGCAGAAGAGAAGUGUGUCCUAUUUCAACCAGAUCAUGGAACUAGAAAAGGAGAGGGACCAGGCUCUCCAUAGUCGCGACAGCCUGCAGUUGGAGUACACAGACUGUCUGCUGGAUAAGAACCGUCUACGUAAACGCAUUGCAGAGCUGCAGGCCAACCUGGAGCAGCAGCAAAGGGAGCUGGAGAGAGAGAGGGAGAGGAGCCGGGAGCAGAUGGACCAGAGCAGCCCCUGUCUGCACUGUUCCCACCUGUCCCUGUGCAGUGAGGACCAGUGCUACGGCCCCUGCUGUUCCCUUGGACUGGACCUGAGAGCCCAGGCCAAUAGUUCCCGUCUGCUUCUGCGAAAGACGCCCUCUAGAGGCCAAGCUAAUGAAAACUCUGAGGAUUCUCAUUCCAACUCAGAGGAGAAUCUACUUUUGUCAACAGAAGACAAUGAAAAGGAAAUAAAUCGGCUCUCCACAUUUCCUUUUCCUCCCUGUAUGAACUCCAUCAACCGACGAUUCAAUAUAGAGUUUGACUUGGAGUCCUGGGGCAGUGAUGAGAAUGAUAACAUUACAGGUGAACACAGUGAAACUUCUUUGUGGGAUUCCUGUAACUCCCUGCACUCUCAUCUCUUCCCCCCCGACCUUGUCAACCUGCCUGCAGUCUCUUCACACCAACUCCAUCCCAGGCUUCCAAGGAUACCCCCUCGCUCCCCGUCUUCAAGCCCACCCACUUCACCUAAGCAGAGAAGAGCCAGUCUAGCUGAUGAUAUUACGAUAGUUGGAGGAAACCGAACAGGAAUCUUUAUCAGCCAUGUGAGAGCUGGUUCCCCAGCUGAACAAUUUGGACUAAAGGAGGGCAGUGAGCUGUUAGAGCUGGAGAAGGUUCUGUUUGGUGGGGGCAAUGUACUGCUGAGCCAGUGCACUGCUGAGGUAGCCCACUUCUCUCUGCAAUGGUGGACUGAGCUCUCAGCACUCAAACACCAGAGUAACCCAGAGGCAUACUCCAAGCUGUGCUCCCAGCUCUCGGCACCUAAUUUUAUGGGUGCUGACUCCUUCUAUGUGCGUGUAAAUCUCAACAUGGAGCCUCACGGUGACCCACCUUCUCUGGGUGUGUCCUGUGAUGACAUUAUACAUGUCACAGACACACGGUACAAUGGAAAAUACCAAUGGCGCUGUUCCCUGGUGGACCCACACACAGCCAAGCCCCUGCAGGCAGGAACAAUGCCCAACUACAACAGGGCCCAACAGUUGUUACUUGUGAGGCUACGAAAAAUGGCCCUGGAGCAAAAGGACUUAAAGAAGAAGGUGUUCUUGAGGAAACCAACUGGACGUGUACGAUUAGUCAAGGCAGUAGACCCUAGUUGCCGUGGGAUUGGUUCCACACAGCAGGUCCUUUACACUCUCAGCAAACGUCAUGAGGAGCACUUGAUACCGUACAGUGUAGUGCAGCCGGUGCAGGUUCAGACAAAGCGGCCGGUCAUCUUCUCCCCAUCUCUGCUCUCCCGUGGUCUCAUAGAGAGGCUGUUGCAACCAGCAGAGUCUGGUUUGAAGUUCAACACCUGCCCUCCAGAGCCUAUUCAGGCUUCAGAGAGACAAGACAAGAGAGUGUUCUUGUUGGAUUCCUGCAGUCCAGAGCAGGCUCUUGGCAUACGGCUGCAAUCAAUACAGGAUGUUAUCAGCCAGGACAAGCACUGUCUGCUGGAGUUGGGGCUGCCCAGUGUUGAGGGCUUGUUAAGACAGGGGAUUUACCCUAUCGUCAUCCACAUCCGCCCUAAGAGCAAAAAGCACAAGAAGCUGAGGAAGUUUUUUCCACGGUGUGGAGAGGACAGCAUAAUGGAGGAGGUGUGCCAAGCUGAGGAGCUGCAGCUGGAGACAUUACCCCUGCUCUACUACACCCUGGAGCCCAGCACCUGGAGCUGCACUGACGAGCUGCUGGCAGCCAUACGCAAUGCCAUCUACAGCCAGCAGAGGGCAGUAGCAUGGGUAGAACUAGAUAGGCUUCAGUAGUAGCGAGAUAUAGAGCGUACAUAUCCACAGUGCAAACGAGAUUCUCCUGGCUUUGAACAAACAAUCUGGCAAUUGCCAGCAGGCACCAAACCAUAGCCAUGUUUCUAUAGAGGAUUAACAUUUAGUGUUAGAUCAUCCCGCUAUUCUUAGUAAGUGGACCAAGAUCAGCUUUGGACCUACUUUCCCCUUUCAGUCUCAGAGGAGGUGAGAUUGGGUCCAUGCAAAUGCAUGCAAACAGGACUCAGCUAUAUAGACAAGCUGGACUGGCAACAAUUGGAGAAACAGAUUUGAGCCACACAAAGAAGGUGCAUAGUACAGACCCUACUACACUUACAGUUUUAUUAUAUAAAUUUACUCUCAAAAUAUUCUGAGAUGACCACAAAAGGUACCCAUUUUUAAAGCAUUUGUGCCACGUCGGUUAUUUCAGUUAUGAUGUGAAUGGAAAGUUAAGCUGUGAGAACACAAAAGAGGGACAAAGGUAAUGGGUAAAGGGAAUCGUAGUACCUUGUAAGCAGGGAUGUGGUGGAGAGUACAAAUCUGCUUAUUCACAUUUUAUAUUUACAAUAAAGACUGUCUUUCUUUUUCUGCUCACAUAAUCUCAAGGAUGUAAACUGUAUUGUGUCUAUCACUGAACCUCAGUAAGUGCUACAUUUGUGUUUACACUACAUUGUACAACAAAAGCCUUAGCUCACUGUGACCAAAUGGUUUUGUUUUUUACUGCCAAAUCUUUUUUUCUUUUGUAACCAGUAAAAAAAAAUAAAAUAAAUUAUUAUAAAAUAA